AUGGCUAGAAAGUAUAAUUUGAGAAGUACUGAGUCCAAUGGCAUAGGGAAAGGAACAGCUGCUAACGCAGCGGCAACGGCAACGGCAACGGCAGCGGUAGCGACGACUGCUACAGAGGCAACCAAUACGGUGCCGGUUAAUGUGGGAGAGAUGAUGGCUCAAUUACUUCAGCUCACCGAGGUCCAAAAACUGGAGCUGGCGACACAUCAGCUUGAGGGAGCAGCCUUAUUUUGGUGGAACUCGUGGAAGGAGGGUCUAGACUUGACGACUUUGACUUGGGCAGAUUUCAAGAUUCGUUUUGACUGGAAGUUUGUUCCUACUGCUAUUCGGUCUCAACUGAGUGAUGAAUUUUCGAAAUUGACUCAAGAGGGUAGAACAGUGAUCGAGUAUGUCACCAAGUUUAAUGAGUUGUCCCGUUAUGCCCCUUACUUGAUCGACACGCAGGAGAAGAAGAAUGAGAAGUUUAUUAAGGGAUUGAAUCAUUACCUGUCUAAGUCCCUUAUUCCCUUUGAUGCUGAACUGUUUGAUAGAGUUUUUGACUUGGCACUAAAGUAUGAGGAAAAAAAGAAGCAGUUUAAAGAAGGGAAUGCCAAGGCCGGAGAGACUUCUAGAGGGAGUCACUUCCAACAGCGGGAUGGGAACAGAUACCGACCCUAUGACCAAAGGCAUAGGGGUUAG